AUGGACAUUGACAAAUUAGACAAAAAUUAUGAUUUUGCGUCAACAGAAAAUGAAGAUAGCAAAGAUUACACUAGAACAAAUAAUUAUCAAAUAAAUAUUGAGCGGAAGACGAGUAACAUAUCUAUAUUACUAAAAGAAACAAUAUAUGACAAAAAGGAGUUAACUGAAUGGAAAUUGUUUAAGAUAUUACUUAUGAAAUUAAUGUUCGCAUUAAUAUUUUUAUUGAUUUCAUUGAUUAUACAAGGUUUUUUAAUGAUAUAUAGUGACUCGUACUAUAAAAGAUACACAAAACCGCUAAGCGAUCGAAUACACAGUUUUUUUGAAGAACCACCAACAUGGGUUUCCUAUAAUUUGUCAAAUAAUUUAAUAGCUGUGUUAACACUAGCAUUUCUUCAAUUAAUUUUAUUUAACAGUAUAUAUCUAUCCUUAGCUAUUGUUUGUCGAUUUUUAUAUAUGCUUGGCUUUUUUUAUAUUUUAAGGGGCAUACUUAUAUAUGUCACUUCUUUACCUGCAACGUUAGAGACAUGUUUGCCUGUAGAAAAAGGGAAUUUAGCAUUUAAUUUAUUACAAAUAAUUAAAAUAAAUAUGAAUUUAGUUUAUGUAUGUUCAGAUUUAAUUAUAUCUGGUCAUUCAUUUUCAACAACGAUAUUUUUAUUGUUUUCUCUUUGUUAUAUGAACAAUAUCCUAUUAAAAAUAAUUAUAUCUUUUUUUUGUUGCGUUAUUUAUGCAUUCAUAAUUAUUGGGUUUAUACAUUAUACAUCUGAUGUAUUGUUAGGAUUCCUUUUUGCCAUUUUUAUUUUUACCUUUUAUCAUAUAAUGCUUGAUUUGUCUUCCCAUUAUUAUUUAUUUUCCGAAAUAUUUGAAGUUAAAAUUAUUUCAAAUAAAAAAAAUUCUCAGGCAAAACCAUUUUUUUUAAGAUUUUUUUAUACCAGAAUUUUUUUGAAAAUUAUACCCUUUUUGGAAGGAUUAAAUUAUACAUUAGAUUAUGCAAUAAACAAAAAAACUGACAAGUCUACUUUUUGUAAUUGUGAAAAUAAUUAUAACAGUGAUGAACCCUUAUGUUCUUUUCGAAAAUCAUAUAAAGAAAAUAAAAUAUCUCUCCAUUGUUCGGAUCAUAUAUUUCAUGCAUAUGCUGGAGAUGGCAACAUUAAUUUUUUAUUAUUCAAAUUUUUAAGAAAUGUUAAAAGGGAAUAG